GGCGGCGGCGCCCGGGCCGGGCCUGGCGGGGCCCGCGGCGGCGGAGCAGCUCCCAGGAGCUUCCGAGUGAAGACGGGAGCAGCUGGGCCUCGGGAGAAGGUACCUUACAAGUCCCUAAAGGAUGGGUGGCAGGAGAGUGGAGUGAUGCUCUGUGCUGUGGUGGCCAGUGACCGGACAAGGAGUAAGGGACACAAGCUGGGACCCAAAAAGUGCCACUUAAACACAAGGAGAAGCUCCUUUGGUGCUGAGCUGCUUCGGUGUUAAGCUGGCUCCUUCCCCUGCAGCAGCAGGGACUGAUGAGGCAGCUGGGGAGGAUUAUUUCCUGUUCCUUCUGAAGUUGUGUCUCUGAGUGCGAUGUCCUUGUGGUGCUGGGGGAGCCAGAGCCCAACCUCGUGUCCCACAGUGAGGGGAAAAAUGCUGCGGGAGCUUUUACUGCCUGGAAAGCAGGACUGCUGGGUGAGCUGCUGGUGCUGAAGCAGGAGAUGAGAAGCGCCUGCAGCGUCUGGGGCCGGGGCUGGCUUUGCCCUGCAGCGCGGCAGCCGGGUGCUCCCGCUUCCUGCUGCCGAGUGCUGUCAUCUGAAUCACUUCAGGCAUCACGGGACCCACCCCGUCGGGUUCUGUUUCAUUGCUUCCUUUAACUGCGAGGGGAAGAGCCAGGAGGGACUGAGAAGAGCAGCUGGAGGAGGAUGGGAGCAGCUGGAGGAGGAUGACAUCUCACUCACGCAAGGGGUGGGGGUCUUUGGGUCUGGAAGCUCUAGCUAUGGAUCAGAAAGGCUAUCACCGGGGGAGUUUCCAGAGCAGCACUAGUGAUGAAGAUCUGCUGGAAAUUGCAGGAGCAUCUCUAGACUUCUCCAUGGCAGACGAUGACCCACCACUCGACAGGGAGAUGGGAGGAUUUUCCUCAUAUAAUGGAGGAGGGAUGAAUGGCACAAGCACAAUGAUGGAUUUCCUGGAGGAACCUCUUCCAGGUGUGGGCACCUACGAAGAUUUUAACACUAUAGAUUGGGUACGAGAGAAGUCCAGGGACCGGGACAGGCACAGAGAGAUCACUAGUAGAAGUAAAGAAUCCACCUGGGCACUGAUACACAGCGUGAGCGAUGCUUUUUCUGGGUGGUUGUUGAUGCUUCUCAUUGGGUUGUUGGCAGGUUCCUUAGCAGGUCUGAUAGACAUUUCUGCCCACUGGAUGACAGAUUUGAAAGAAGGAGUGUGUUUAGCAGGCUUCUGGUUUAACCACGAGCACUGCUGCUGGAAAUCCGACACGACCUUUACGGACAGAGACAAGUGUCUCGAGUGGAAGAGCUGGUCCCAGCUGAUCCUUGGCCAUGGAGAGGGGGCUUUUGCAUAUAUCCUCAACUACUUCAUGUACGUUAUCUGGGCCUUGCUGUUCUCCCUGCUUGCUGUGUUACUUGUGAAGGGGUUUGCUCCUUAUGCCUGUGGCUCAGGGAUCCCAGAGAUCAAAACUAUCUUAAGUGGCUUCAUCAUUAGAGGCUACCUGGGCAAGUGGACGCUGAUCAUCAAAACCAUCACCCUGGUGCUGGCAGUGUCCUCUGGGCUGAGCCUAGGCAAAGAGGGACCCUUGGUGCACGUGGCCUGCUGCUGUGGGAACAUCUUGUGUCAUCUCUUCACCAAAUACAGGAAGAACGAAGCGAAGCGCAGGGAGGUUUUAUCAGCAGCUGCAGCUGCUGGUGUGUCUGUAGCUUUUGGUGCACCGAUUGGAGGAGUGCUCUUUAGCCUGGAAGAGGUCAGUUACUACUUUCCCCUCAAGACGCUGUGGCGGUCCUUCUUUGCUGCUCUGGUCGCUGCCUUCACCCUCCGCUCCAUCAACCCUUUUGGGAACAGCCGACUGGUUCUCUUCUAUGUGGAGUUCCACACGCCCUGGCACCUCCUGGAGCUUGUGCCCUUCAUCCUUUUGGGCAUAUUUGGUGGGCUUUGGGGAGCUUUCUUCAUUCGCAGCAACAUCGCCUGGUGCAGGCGGCGCAAGACUACCAAGCUUGGCAAAUACCCCGUGCUGGAGGUGUUUGUGGUGACUGCCCUCACGGCUCUUCUGGCCUUCCCCAAUGAGUACACCAGGAUGAGCACCAGUGAGCUCAUUUCCGAGCUCUUCAAUGACUGUGGGAUUUUGGACUCGUCCAAGCUCUGUGAGUACGUGAAUGAUUUCAACAGCACCAAAGGGGAUGACCUACCGGACCGAGCUGCUGGCCCUGGUGUUUACACUGCCAUGUGGCAGCUGGCUUUGGCCCUGGUCAUGAAAGUCUUCAUCACCAUCUUCACCUUUGGCAUGAAGGUGCCGUCGGGGCUGUUCAUCCCCAGCAUGGCCGUGGGGGCCAUCGCCGGCCGCCUGCUCGGCGUAACCGUGGAGCAGUUGGCUUAUUACCACCAUGACUGGGCCAUCUUCAGCGGCUGGUGCAGCCAAGGAGCCGACUGCAUCACGCCCGGCCUCUACGCCAUGGUUGGGGCUGCGGCCUGUCUGGGUGGGGUGACCCGGAUGACCGUGUCGCUGGUGGUCAUCAUGUUUGAGCUCACCGGUGGGCUGGAGUACAUCGUUCCCCUGAUGGCAGCGGCCAUGACCAGCAAGUGGGUGGCCGAUGCCAUUGGGCGAGAGGGCAUCUACGACGCCCACAUUCGCCUCAACGGGUACCCUUUCUUGGAAGCCAAAGAAGAGUUCUCCCACAAGACACUGGCCAUGGAUGUCAUGAGGCCCCGGAGGAACGACCCUCCUCUGACUGUCAUCACUCAGGACAGCAUGAGCGUAGAAGAUGUUGAGACCAUCAUCAACGAAACCACGUACAGUGGCUAUCCCGUGGUGGUGUCACGGGAGUCCCAGAGGCUUGUCGGCUUCGUCCUCAGGAGAGACCUCAUCAUUUCAAUCGAAAAUGCCCGGAAGAAGCAGGAUGGGAUUGUGAGCACUUCAGUUAUUUAUUUCACUGACCACUCUCCUCCGCUGCCUCCGAGCUCUCCCUCGAUGCUGAAACUCAGGAGCAUCCUGGACCUCAGUCCUUUCACAGUGACAGACCAAACCCCCAUGGAAAUCGUCGUGGAUAUCUUCCGCAAGCUGGGGUUGCGCCAGUGCCUGGUUACUCACAACGGGAAGCUGCUCGGCAUCAUUACCAAAAAGGAUGUAUUAAAGCACAUUGCACAGCUGGCUAACCAGGACCCGGAUUCCAUCCUCUUCAAUUAAAGGCAGACUGGCAGGUGUUGUGUGUUCAGCACAAAAGGAACUUGACAGACGAUCCUGGAGACACUUUCCUAUUUUUAUUGAGACCGUGGAACUGUUUUCAACGUUUCCUUCCAUGGAGCUGAAGGAAGACAGUAUGUUUUUUUCUACCAGGUAACCAAUUGCACUACAUGAUCUGUGGAACAUCUUCUUUUUAGAAGAAAGGAAGCAAGGAACAAACAAGACUUUCUUUACGUUGCUUUUGUGAAGUUGCAUUGGAAAGAUUCUAUGAAGGAGUAAAAGCAAAAUGCUACAGAACUCUUUAUCUCCUCUUCUUUUGUUUGAACUCUGAUUACUAACAUGGGGAGGAAAAGACAAGGUCUGUACCUUCAGAAACUUUGAAGAAGGCUGAUUUUGCACACAGCAUUCAGGUGGUGGCAGAAGGACACGGCUGUAACUCAGGGGUGGAACUUGGUGAAAGAACCUUGUAAAGUCAAAGCAGGGGAGGGAAGAGAAGGAAUUGGUUAGCCAAGGAUGUUUUGCCAAAGGAAGGAAAAAAACCCUACAAAAAUAAAGUCCCCAGAAGACCAGAUCUCCUUAAAACUGAGCCCAGUUUCUGAUUGAGAAGCAGCUUGUUUUGGUUAAUCUUCUGUGAAUGUAUUUGCUGACUCUGCAGCUGCCUUGCCAGGAGAGCCGAGGAGGUGGCAGGAGUUAAAGCUGUACUCUCACCCUGAUCCCUUGGUUUAGAGCCAUGCCUAAGGAUUUCUUCUCCUUGAUUUCCCUUGAGCACGUAAUGAAAAUGGCAAAGGCUGAGGCCUGAGUUAGGGCCCUGCCCUCACUGCCCCUCCCAGCAAACUCUGACCACGUUAGAUGUUGCACAACCGACCUCCUCCUCACUCAGCGGUGUCUUAGGUGGCUGAGGAUGUGUGGCUGGAGAGCCCCGUGCCCGGGGUGCUCCCAGGGGUGGAUGUGCUGUUCCUUGCCCCUCUGCCAGGGAUGACACAGCCACCAGACAGACCUGCACUGCUCAGGGUGUCUCCUCUUGCCAACUACUAUGCAAUAAAGCCCUUCCCAACCACUGUCAGCCAAGCAGCUCACUCCACCCCUGUGCUCCUCAAGUCCCUGUCCUAAACCUUACCUAAUUAUUUUCCUGUUAAUAAAACUGUGACUGUUUACUAGCA